AUGGUUUAUUCUAUUUCAUUAGUCAUAUUAUUUUUAUUGUCGAUGAGAAUUGGUUCGAUAGUUGCUCAACCAACAAUACUUUCAUGUACAGAUAUCAACUUUACAUCGAUUAGUUUAAUCAACGGAACAAUACUUCAAAAUUAUAAUAUCGACAUACAAGAUUAUAUAUUUGAUUUGUUAAAAUGUUCUGGAAAUGAUUAUUAUAUCAUGAAGACUCAAAGUGCUGCACCACAUCCUGGUCAUUACAAUAUUUCAAUUCUCAAUUCUGAAACAGGUACUCUAACAACCAAAGCAAGUUUCUAUUUACCUGAGAAUCCAUUGAUUGUUCGCCAAUACAAUAGUAUUGACCUUCAAAAUGGAUUGGCAUUUGCAACAUAUUGUCCUUUAAAUGUUUCAUAUCUAUUAAUUUUUGAUUUGAAUACUGAAACUAUUGAAACAAUAAUAUCAGAAAACAUUUGUGAAUUGUAUGCUUAUGGAGGAUAUGAUCCAGUGAAUCAAUUAUAUUAUCUAUAUGGUUAUCGAGCUCAAAAACUUCAAGCUUUAUCAUUUGGAGUAUAUUCAAUGAUCACCAAAAGUUUCACAUAUUAUAAGAUUCCAUAUGUGUUGCACUUUUUAUCAUAUGUUCAAUCAAUAUAUGUUUAUCAAUCAACUGUUUAUGUUGGUGUUGUUCAAAAUACAUAUUAUCAACUGAUCAAAGUUGAUUUUAAUACAAAGAAAGCACACAAUGUUUUUAAAGAGAAUUUUGUUGAUGACGAAGGAUUUGUUGGAUUUGUAUUAGAUGAUAAUGGAUAUUUUGUGAUUGUUGCACCUUAUGCAAACAAUUAUACGAUAUACACAAUCGAUCUUCAAACAGAACAAUUCACCAACCACACAAUUCCAAACCUUGUAACAAAAUUCCCAGAGAAUUUCUUGGAAAAUAUGUUUUGUGCUCAAUAA